UCAAUUGCUUCAGCGGACAUGGAUUUGAAUCAGCUGGAGGCUUUUCUCACUGCCCAAACCAAAAAACAAGGUGGCAUCACGUCAGAUCAAGCUGCAGUCAUUGCAAAAUUCUGGAAGAACCACCGGAUAAAGAUCCACGAGAGCCUGAUCAACCAAAGCCGGUGGGAUAAUGUCUUAAAAAACAUGAACUGGCGAGUGGAUCUGAAGGCACAGUCAAGACACAUUGAUCAGAUAAACACUCCUGUUGCGAUAGUUGAAAUGGAACUGGGAAAAAAUGAGCAGGAAUCGGAGUUUCUCUGUCUGGAGUUUGACGAGGCCAAGGUGAGCCAGAUGCUGAAGAAACUCUCAGAAAUAGAGGAGAGCAUGACUUCGUUGACUCAGACCACUUAACCAAAUAAAGAGAUUGCAACUC